UCUACGUCUCGGACAACGACGUGUUUUCCACGCGCCGCAGCCAUCCAAACAACUUUAAAGAAUGUAAAAAAGAAGGGAGCGACAGAUGCAAAGCAGAGCCAGAAGUAUUGUGACAAUCCAUUUGAGCCUUUGACGGGUGCGACUCUGGAUAAAACACGAAACGUGCACUUUCGGCGAGCAGCGUGGGACGAACUGGUGUGUGUCUGUUUGUUUUUAUAGCUAGCUAGCAGGCUAGCUGCUAAUGUCAGAGACGGGCAGGUGGAACGGUUGGUUCGGCAGCUGUAAUCUGAGCAUCGCCUGCUAGCUGUCCACUGGUUGCAACAUGGGGAGAAAGAAACAGGGCACGUCGGUACGUCCUGGCAACAAGGGCAAAGAGAAAAGGCACAAAAUGAAGGGGAAAACUUUAGAGGCCUUUACAGAGGAGAUGCACACUGCUUUUGAAGCCAGUCUUCAUGUAGAGGAGGGAGCAGAGGCCCCCCAGGUGAAAAUGCCAUGUCCCCUUGCCAUGUGGGAGUUGGGUCACUGCGAUCCGAAACGUUGUACUGGCAGGAAGUUGGCACGCAAGGGCUUUGUGCACAACCUGCGCCUCAAUCAGAGGUUUAAUGGACUUGUACUCAGUCCGAUGGGCACAAAGUAUGUGACGCCGGCAGACAGAGAUAUUGUGGCUAAAAACGGUUUAGCAGUGAUCGAUUGUUCCUGGGCUAAAUUGGAGGAGACUCCCUUCAAUAAGAUGGUCGGAACUCAUCCCAGGUUACUGCCAUUCCUUGUAGCUGCAAACCCGGUCAACUACGGCAAGCCCUGCAAGUUAUCCUGUGUUGAGGCUUUUGCUGCAACAUUCUGCAUUGUCGGUUUUGAAGAACUAGCAAUGCUAUUGUUGAAUAAAUUCAAGUGGGGGACUGUGUUCCUUGAUCUCAAUAAAGUUCUGCUGGAGCGAUACGCUGCAUGUCAGUCAGAGGAAGAGCUGCUUGCGGUGGAAAAACAAUAUCUCGCGUCCGACCCAGCGGAUGAGGAAGAGUUUGAUCCAUUCGAUGUGACCUCUGGUGCACAAUGUAGGAAUCUCAACAGACCCAUGUGUGCACCUGAAGAAGAUUCUACUGAUGAUACGGACACUUCGGAGGAGGAGGAAGAGGAAGAUGAAGAGGAGGAGGAGGAGGAUGAAGAAGAAGAUGGAAAAACCAAGAGCAACAGUGAGUCGACAACAGUUUCAAAUCAUCAUGAAGAGGAGGAGGCAGGAUCAAAGUCACCACAAUAAAGCAUAGUUCAACUAUGGAUUUUAUUUUACUUGAUAAAAAGACUGGCAAAACUUUUCAAAGCUCAUGAAUUGUACAUCAACUGAAGGCCAUUUGUGCUUAUGCCGUUUUGUACAUGCUUAUAAAAACAGAAAUGUAUAAAAUAAACUGUCUGUCAUGUAAACCCAGACUUAAUAAAUCUAUACAAAAGUUGAA